AGAGCCAAAGAUGUCGGCUCGGUCAUGUGAUCAGCUGUGUCCAAUUACAGCUGAUCACAUAGCACUGAUGAUCAGUGUAGCCCCAGCAGCGCCACCUGUCAGUGUCCAUCAGUGCCAGCUCUGUGCACAUCAGUGCCACCUGCCAGUGCCACAUUUCAGUGCCCAUCAGUUCCACAUCAAUGCCACAUAUCAGUGCCCAUUUGAGCUGCCUUUCAGUGUCACCCAUCAGUGCCAGUGCCACCUAUCAAUGCCAGUCAGUUCCACCUAUCAGUGCUGCCAAUCAGUGUCACCUAUCAGUGCUGCCAAUCAGUGCCACCUAUCAGUGCCAGUCAGUGCCGCUUAUCAGUGCCAGUCAGUGCUGCCUAUCAGUGUGCAUCAGUGCUGCCUAUCAGUGCCCGUCAGU